GCUCUCUCUCGGUGGCAGGGCGGCUAGUUCAAGUUGCCAUAGCGGCAGCGGGGCGGGUGUUGGACAGUUGGAGCCGGAGGCGUCCGGGAGUCAUGCUUCUUUCCUGACAACUAUCCUCAUUUUCCAAUGGCAGAUUCAUCCAGCGACUCUGAUAACAUUCGUCGUAGAAUUGGAAGAAGGGGUCCUAUAAGAGCAACCAGAAUCCGAAAUCAUGGAACUGAAGAUGUUGCAGAGAAGAUUCACACUUUAGCAAACACUUUACAGGAUGCAAACUGGAAUUUAAGACAUGUGGAUCAGAUGUUGGGCCAAUAUCGAGAGUAUAACAAUGAGCAGGCAGAAACCAUUGCAAAUCUUAAAGAAACUUUGGAAGAGUCCCUGGGCCAACUGAAGAACCAACGUUUAUUGAAAAAUUCUGGAGUAAGAAGCGCAUCUCUUUCAAGCUUGUAUGCGAGUGACCUGGAUGGUGGAACCCCAGAAGCUCAUCAUGUCAAGCCUACCUCUCCUCUCAAAGAUUACAGUACAACACUAGGUACCAGGCAGCGACGAUCUAGAUCUGCUGUUCGAUUUGUUGAUCAGCGAGGUAAAUUGGACCAGUUGCAUUCUUUACACCAGUCACUUAGAGAUCUCAGCAGUGAACAAAUUCGCUUAGGAGAAGAUCUCACCAGAGAACUUACAAGAAGAAAUCGAAGUGAUGCAGAUAUGAAAAAAAGAUUAGAAGAUAUAUCUGGCAGACUUGAUGAAUCGCAAAGACAGGAAACGGUAUCAGAGCGGGUAGAGAGAAGACUUCAAGAGAUUGAACGAGAAAUCCGAUCAGAAAGGCAAUUGGUAGAAAGACGCCAAGACCAACUGGGACACAUGUCUGCACACCUGCAGGAAGCUUUAAAGCAACAAGAUGCUAAAGCCAAUGGAGCAGAAAUUGUCUUGAAAAAUAGAAUUGCAAAAAUGGAAGAUGAAAAGAGCAAACUUGAACAGGUUUUGGAGCAUUCCCAGAGGAAACUGGAUCAUUCAGAAAGUAGUAGAGAAAUUCUUCUCCACCAGAUUGAAGAUCUUCGUUCCCAACUUCUUAGAGCAGAAGAGGACCGUUUGACUCUGCAACAUCAAAUAUCUCAGGUUUCUAAGCAUCACCAAAGCCAUCUAGAUGAGCAGCAGGAUGACAGGAGAAAGCAAAGAGUUGUUGAGAGGCCUGAUCCAGAGAAGCAAGAGAUGGAGAAACAGAUCUGGGAAUUAAGAGCACAAUUAAACCACAGUGCUGUAAUGUCAGAGAUAGAGGAGCUGCAGCGAUGCGUUGAGCGCAAAGACAAAGAGAAAUUGCAGCUUGUGAUGCAAAUGGAGGCUUUAACAGCUGACUUGGAAAAGAGGGACAACCAGCAGCAAAGGAUGAUGAGUCAACUGAAUGAGAUACAGAACAACUAUAAAAUCUGUGAAAAUGAGUGCAGAGCUGCAGAAUUACAGGUUACAGAGCUAGGUCAGCAACUAGAAGAAUCAAUCAAGGAAGCAGAGAAGUACCUAGCUGAAUUCAAACAAUCUGAAGUUCUAAGGCUAGAAACUGAGAAGAAAAAGGAAGAGUUAAAACUCAAAGCUCAGGAAUCAGUUCGAUAUUGGAAACUAAGGUGUAAAAAACUAGAACAUGAAAAGCAAAAACAAACUGGACUUCAUAGCCAGUUGAUGGAGAAGAACAAUUUGGUUCUUAAAGAAAAGGAUGAAUUGAAGAGCCAACUCCUUUCAACUAUGCACCAGAUGGAAAAUCUUCAAAAGGAACUAACAGAUGUUCUUGAGAAAAGGGCCAGACAAGAAGAGGAGCUGCACUGUAAAGAAAUGAAACUCAGUGAAGCUAGAUCCUUGCAGAUGUCUCUUGAACAAGACACCAGAGAUGUUAAAAAAACUGUGGAUAACCUUGAGAACAAACUGCAAAAGGAGAGCCUACUACAGACUCAAAUAAGAACUGAAAAACAGCAUUUAGAGGAAGAACUUGCAAAUAUCAAUGUGAUCCAUGAAAAGGAUCAAGCAAGAUUGUCAGAGAUGCAAGAGGUUAUAAAAAACUUGAGCGCUGUUCGGGCUGACUUGGCCAAUCAAGUAGCAGAAGAGAAGAAAUCCAAAAAAGAAAUGGCAAAAUCAGCGCUGGAACUUCAGAAACAAAUAGAGUCUGUUCAGGAGGAGAUGACUACAAUCAAUAAGCAAUUGAAACUGGAAAGAGAUGUCCACAAGCAGGAGCUGGAAGAACUUCAGUCAGAACUGCAGCAAAGGAAAACCAAAUAUGAUAAUCGUGUCCAAGAGAUGUUGAAGCUAUUCAACCAAGAAAAAGAGGAGGCAGCUAAUCACAUUGGAAUGUUGAAGUCAGAACUUGCAGAAGAAAGAAAUUUUGUAAAAGCUCAUCGUCGCCAGGUAGAAAAAAUGAAAAUCGAAUGUGAUAAGCUGACAGCGGAGCUAACCCUCAAGGAAGAAGAAAAUGCAAAAAUUAAGCGAAAAUACAACUUACUAAAACAGGAAUUAGACGAAAAGAAUAAAAUAAUAAAUAAUGAAGAUGAUCAUCUAAAGAGGUUGGAUGAGGAAAGGCUUCAACUUCAGGAUCAACUACAAAGUCUGAAAACUGAACAUGAAUCCAUCUACUCUAUGAUAGGAAAUGAAGUUGAUGCAGCUUGUGAAGUCUUUUCAAGAUAUUCUAUGGAGAAAAUGACAGCAACAUCACUUAUAUCCGGGAUACUGAAUGAUCCUCAUCGCUGGUUAGCAGAGACAAAAGCUAAAGUUAGAUGGCUUUGUGAAGAAGUGAAAGAGAGACACAGCAAGGAAAAGAAGCUUCGUCAUCAACUGCUACAGAGCCGAGAGCAAUUAAAACAGCUGAGCUUGAGCAAGGAGACUGAGCACCAAAACCUUAUAGGCCAAAUAGAAAAGCAGGAACAACUACUAGAAGAAGUUUAUGAAGAGAAGAAACAUCUACUGGAAAAGACUAUCAGGAAGGAAAAAGAAAUAUGUACACUUCAGGAGCGAAUAACAGCAUUUGAAACAAGUACUCAGUUGGCCUUAGAACAUCUGGAAUCUGCUCCUGAGAAAUUGAAUAUUUCUGGAGGCUGUGGAGAUUUGGGGAAUUCUCACAGUCAGAAAGAAAUUAUCGAGAAAAGAUACAAUAAAUACAAGGAACUUGUGGGCUCAUUACAGCAGCAUCUGGAAUAUUUAAAACAUAAACUUGAAAGCUUCCAAAAUAAGAAGACCGAUACUGAUGUUUCUGCUAUCCAGAGUGUACCUUCCAACUGGCAAAGCAGCAGUAGUUUUAUGACCAGUUCCUUGCUUUCUAAGUCUGAAUCAUUUACCAAAAAUAGCACUUCUUCGGAUUUAAAUUCAGCUAAAAAAGAUACCAACAGAAGGACUGUGAACAGGAUGAAGCUACUGACAGAAAAAGAGAAGCUUUAAAGCAAGAAGACGCACAAUUGAAUGUUCAGAAGAAGCCUAAAAA